CUCGGGAUGGGGAGAGAAAGAGAAGCAGUGGAGAGAAAUUAGCGUAGCUGCUAUUCAUGAUAUUACAGUUUUUUCUGAAGGCUUAAGCGCUAAUCGUGAUUCUUGUAGCACAAUUUCUAAAAUUAUUAAUACGUAUAGCAAAACCACUCACUGAGUUUGCAAAACUAAAAGCACAAACACUGCUUUGCACUCAGUUUGCAAUUUUGUAACACACACUUUGCAAAACUGUAGGCACAAUUCACUGCACAACACUCUUUUUGCAGAACUUUAAACACAACUCACUGCUUACACUCAAUUACCAAAUUUCCAACACACUCCUAGCAAAAUUAUAGACAUGUAUGGCUAUCAUUAACACUAUUUUGCCGACUGUUUCACAUUUGAAAACUGUUUUAGAUAAUUAGUUCACUUUGCAAUCAGCCUAAGCACUGUAAAUAAGCCACAGGUAAGCUGUCUGUGUGGAGUACAAUGGAAGAAGCAGUAAGAGUGAGAAGAGUGAGAAUCAGAGGAGGCCGAGGAGGCCGAGGGAGAGGAUGUGGAGGUGAAGAAGUUGGAGGAAGAGGACGUGGAGGUGAAGAAGCGAGAGGGUUAGAGGAAGUUAGAGGAAGAGGACAAGGAGGAGCAAGAAGAGGACGAGGAGGGGAAAGAGGAAGGGUAAGAAGAGUAAGAAAUAGAAUAACUGAUGACAUCAGAGCUACAAUAGUGGACCAUGUCAUCAACCAUGGGAUGACCCUGAGGGAAGCUGGCCAACGGGUUCAGCCUAAUUUGAGCCGCUACACUGUGGCAAGCAUCAUUAGGACAUUUCGAAAUGAGAAUCGGUAAGUACUUUGUAGCACUGCCAUACUCUAAUGAGAAACACAACAGUACCAUACAUGCAAAAAUACUGAAAUUGUUACUUUACAGAAUUGCUAGACGUCCAGAUGUUGGGGGCAGAGGAAGAAUGUUCACUCCAGAGCAAGAGACCCAUAUAGUGAACAUGGUGAUUGCCAAUAAUGCAAUAAGACUGCGCGAAAUACAGCAGCGCAUAAUUGAUAAUGACACCAUCUUUCAAAAUAUACACAGUGUAAGCAUUUCUGCACUAAGUCGUGUACUUGCGCCACAGAAUAAGAAUGAAGCAAAUUUACAGAGUUCCUUUCGAGAGAAACACAGAACGUGUAAAGCAACUGCGAUAUGACUAUGUGCAGAGAGUGAUGGAACUAGAAGCAGAUGCAAUGGGACAUGAGCUACUUUUUGUAGAUGAGGCCGGUUUUAACCUCAGUAAAACCAGGAGACGUGGCAGGAACAUUACUGGACACCGUGCCAUCAUCAAUGUCCCAGGACAACGUGGUGGUAACAUAACCAUGUGUGCAGCUAUAAGCCAAAAUGGUGUUGUUCACCAUCAUGCAACCAUAGGCCCAUACAACACUGCACACAUUAUUGCAUUCCUGGACACCUUACAUGACAUGCUAACUGUUCAGAGACCAGAGCAUACCCGAUAUGUCAUCAUAUGGGACAAUGUUAGUUUCCAUAGGGCUGCUUUGGUCCGCAACUGGUUUACAGACCACCCAUCCUUCAUGGCACUCAACCUCCCUCCAUACUCUCCAUUCUUAAAUCCCAUCGAGGAGUUCUUCUCUGCCUGGCGCUGGAAAGUGUACGACCGUCAUCCUCAUCAACAGGUAGCCCUUUUACAGGCAAUGGAGGAGGCAUGUGGAGAUAUUGACCAGGCAUCAUGUCAGGCCUGGAUACGGCAUUCAAGGAGAUAUUUUCCCCGGUGCCUUGGACUGGAGGAUAUUGCAUGCGAUGUGGACGAAAUUUUGUGGCCGGACCCAGAAAGACGACAUGAUGUAGGCUGAUUGUCUUUUUUUUC